AUGAUAAAUUACAAUUCGAACGACGGCUUCGGUCGGCCAAAUGGUGAUCAGCUGAACUUCUCAGCGCGUUCAGAGGAUGAAGGAGACUACAUUGCUGGUUCGGCAGCCUACCUCAAGAAGGGAAAGGUCUCAAGGCAAGAUCCAAUGUCCCACCGCAUCAUCGAGAAGAGAAGACGCGAUCGAAUGAACAACUGUCUCGCAGACCUCUCUCGACUGAUUCCACCUGAGUAUCUGAAGAAAGGGCGUGGUAGAGUUGAGAAGACUGAGAUUAUUGAGAUGGCCAUCCGACACCUCAAGUUCCUACAGGAGCGAGUUAAUGCGGCUGAACGGCAAGUGGUGGAGGAUCAUUUCAAAGCGGGAUACCAGGAGGCAGUAGGGGAGGCUGUCAGGUUCCUAGUGGAAGUACAGGGCUUCGGUCCCGCGGACGGCCUCUGCGUGCAACUGGCGUCGCAUAUGCAGAGACAUUGCGAGGGUGUCACCAAAGGUGAGGUGUUACUACGUGAGAAAAUCCCGCGAUCCCAGGGUGGGUCAUCUUCAGAGACCGCGAGCUCUUCAAGCAGUUCCCAUGGAUACGCCGUGAAAGGGGUCAUCCAGCAUCCGGAACCACCACCAACAUUCCCCCGAGAACCUUUUGAACCGGAAAGACAGAUAGAGGCAUAUCCUAUCGAGUGUGAAAGAGUAUUAGUGGGCCCUAUCACGUUAGUGGACGACUCCAUUGCUGACCAACCACUACCCCUGGAUGGACGAUGCAAGCGUUCACCAACACUUCGCAAAGUGCGAAAACCGGAACACGGGGAGGACUAUUUACAUUCCUACAAAUUCAAGAACUCAAUAGAGAGGCGAUUUUCCCGGUCACAAGACAAUGAAGCGGCUCAGCAAGUAGCAAGACCUGCGCACGCGCAUAACAAAGUGUACAAUCACAAGAGGCGACGCGUGACCAAACCAGCGCCCUCUACUUCGACCUCGGCUUCGGGCUCCACUGAAGACACCAGAGAUACAUCGCCACAGGAUACUUCCAGUGAGUCACCGCAUAAUCAUCAAUACGAGAAACCACUUCCUCCUACGCAGUUUGUGCCCGUCUUCGCACUAAAUGCUCUUGGUAAAUACUACGUCCCACUUAGCGUGGAUUACGCGUGCUUAGCGCGAUAUCUGGGUCCAUACGACAUUUUAGACGCGCGUGCCGUACAACUCUCGGCGCAACUUCAUCCUGUCACUAUACACGUAAAUUUUCAGCCUUGUAUAAACUAUCACGUCAAACGCGAGCCCAACGAGCGUGAUUGGAGGCCUGCGUAG